AUCCUCACAGCUGCCAACUACUCAGGCUCUACUCUGCUCCAGACAGCCACGUGCAACAUUAUUCAAUUCAUCCAAGGAUCUGUGUGGGCCGAUGCACAACUCACUGUACAAACGCCGGUAUCGGAGGCACCAAAUACUGAUCAGGUCGCCCAGUUGCUCGUAUCCGGAUCUCAGAACUACCAAGCUUCUGUCGGUGUGAAUACUAGCUAUUCGUUUGACGACACCACUCUCCAAGUGCAAUUGAUCCUGCAAACACCCUUGCCAUACUCAUCCACAAACACAAGCAAUAUGUUCACGAAUGCGUAUAUGUCCACGCAAUCAUACACACCCACUUCGACGGUUCCCAGUGAAUUCGCCUCCGCUGAACCGACCGUUACAACCACAUUGUACGCCAUCGCAUCCACCUCGGGUAAGUGA